UCGCCGCGAGUCCUCCUCGACACGCUACGUGCCGGCUUGCCUCCCGCAGUUUCAAACUUUACACGAGCUGCCGACCACCUCGUACAAACGUUCCUUGUCGUUUAAUUACAAGUUUAAUAAAUCAUUUUAAUUGGCCACCGCUACUCUAAGGAUAAUAUCUCUGGGUCGACUGCGUUACCGGCGACUUGCAGGUGUUGGACAUUAACUUAGAAAAGCGAAUUUUCCGUAAACCUAUCUGAAGUGACAAUAAUUGUUUGUGGACAAGUAUUGUAUCAAUUUAUUUUGGUGCUCUAUAUUUUGACUGUGGAUUUGUUUUUCGUGGUUCCUGUUAAGAUUUGUUGGAAAAUACAUGUUUUGUUUGCUGUUUUCAUCGGAAAAUACAGUUUAAAGGAUAGAAGAUUUGUUGUGUGAUGCGCGAGUAACGACCUCGCCAUGAUUCGAGAUCCCCCGGCCAUGCAUAAGCCCGACAGUGCCAACAGUCAACAGGAUGACAAUAAAUACGGGCUCACAGUUAACAGCACGGUCACCGGUAGCACAGGGGGCGCGAGACUAUGCGCUCAAUGCGGGAAAGUCAUUACCGAGAGGUUCCUCCUCAAGGCGAUGGAGAGGUUUUGGCAUGAAGACUGCCUCAAGUGCGGCUGCUGUGACUGCCGCCUUGGAGAAGUCGGCUCCAAACUAUACUACAAGGCAGACCUAAUGCUCUGCAAAAGAGACUACCUUAGGUUAUUUGGUGCCACAGGCAACUGUGUGGCCUGCAACAAAGUCAUUCCCGCCUUCGAAAUGGUCAUGCGAGCAAAGAGUUUCGUUUACCACUUAGAAUGCUUUGCUUGUCAACAGUGCAAUCACAGGUUUUGCGUUGGCGACAGAUUCUACUUGUGCGACAACAAGAUUCUGUGCGAGUACGACUACGAAGAGAGGCUGGUGUUCGCCAGCAUGGCCGCCAAUCCCAGCGGGCUAGCACACAUUCGCCGCCAAGUCAGCGGACUACAGUCACCCACAAGUGGUGGUUACGUGGCCGGAGUGGGGGGUUGCGGCGGCGGUGCAGCGGCCGGUGGAGCGAUGGUCGACAAGGACGGCGGCGGCUGCGCGGGCGCGGAUGACGCGUCCAGUGGCUACGGCAGCCCGCCCGACCCCGACGUGUGUGACGCCGCGCGAUGACCGACCCUGCAGCGCCGACAUCUCGCCUCGGUAAAGCCUCAUUGAGUGUUGGCGAGGCGCGCAGGCUGCCUGCGAGCCCUGGGCGUUAGGGCGAGCAUCUUCGGCAUUGACGAACGUCUUUCUAACGACACAGUUAUAGACACUAGCAUGACGUUCCGUUCCUUCACCCCACAUACAAACUAGCCAUCACCCUACAAAACUACCUUACAUAGAAAAUAGAGUAGUCUGUAAUGCUUUAUUUUUAUAUUUAGUUCAUAAUGAAGUCUUGUGAACCUAAAAUCUGUAAUGAAAUCUCGAAAUAUUCUUGAUAUUAAGGUGAUAAUAAACAGUGAGGUGGCCAGGUAUUCAAUGUUGUAAGCCGACUAAGUGCAGAUCUACGGGCAGAUGUCGGGAAUAUAUUAGUGAGCGGUGCGCGCGAGUACAUUAGACUGGAGGGCGCGAGGCGCGGGCGGCGGCCGACGACUCGGCUCGUGGAUAUGUGGCCACUUUACAAAGUGUCCGGGAUGAGUCGCGAUAACGUUGUUAGAACACGAUAUUUCCAUUAUGUAUACGAUUUGAGCACUUGUUUACAUGUUAAGAUAGCAGCGUUGCGUGGGUAGGGCGCGCGCUCUCGCUUCUACUUUAUUGUACCUUCAGUACCACAUCUUGCGCUUAGCCAAUUUAGACAUGCCCCGUACCAAUAAAUAAGACAGUGGAAAAAAUGCUCAUUACGUGCCCACAACCUUAGGUCUUUAUUUGAAGACAUUAUUUUGAAUUUUACUUAGGGAAUAGAGUAUUAUCAGUAAUAUAUUCCGUUCGAUGUAGCGGCUGGUUCACCCUCGCUGCGGAACGAGCGGAUUGUUUAUCGAUUGUACUUUUUAUCGUGAUACAACGAUUCAGGUCCAGACACUAAAAUAUUAAUUGAUAAAAUCGAUCUCAUUGUUAUGGAUUGUAUGUAUGUACAUGUACUAAACAUAAAUAUUGUUAUCAUACAAGGUAUGAAGUUUUAUUGAUCGUAAUUUCUUACUUUUAUUUACUUUUGAUUGGUUAUGUAUAUUAAUGUUAUUUUUUACCAAAGAUAAGUUUCCGUAGAAGGGUUUUCUAAAUAAGAGAGUCUACAAAAAUGAGCUAAGAUUGUAGAUGUAUAGUGAUAUAUUUGGUACUCUGAAGUGGUGCAAUGGUUAGUUAGGUACCUCUGUAUGAAUAUUAACGUUUAACUGUUUAACAUUUUUGUGAGCAGCCAUCUUAUUUAUAAGCGAUUCUUGAGGUGAUUGUUUGUAAUAAGAGUCACUUAUUUUUGAGAGACAGCUUGCGCUCUCCGCGGCAGUUAUUGAGCGUGUACGAUUAUGAAUAAGAUGGUAUGUUUUCCUUUCCGCCACAGAGCUUCAGUGAAUGUUGAUCGCGCAUUAAAUUGUAACAAUCUUGAAAUACAGAUGAUUAUGCUAAAACUUUAUUUUGUUUAAUAAUAAAACAAGUUGAAACCUCUAUGUAGAUAAAUGCUAAAAUUUUCUAAGAUAGAAUACCUAAUGUAAAAUAAAGAUUUCUACGAUAAAUAUGUAUUUAUGUAAAAAAAUUGAACUGUCGUUACUUAGUACCUACUAUUGGCUAUUGUAAAAUGUUCCAUGAAUUUUUAAUACUACUUACCAUAAAACCGAUUUAAUAAUAUUUUUCAACUUCAUAAACAUCGACAGAAUAUUAUUUCAAUUUGCCGUUAACGUGUAAAUAAAUAUAUUUAUUUAAUGAUUAAAA